CGUCGCAGAAGCCAAGGCCGGGAGAGCUGCCCAACACGUUGCCCCCGCCCCCAAAAACUACCAAAGAGACUGCCCAGAACCAUGAGCCGCGACGAGCGCUCCAAUUGGGCCAACACCCGGUCCUUCUUCUACGGUGCCGAGGACGCAGCUAAGGAAGCUUACGACGCCAUGGGCCAAGCGAUCCAGGAGGCCGAAGAUGUGGUGGAGGGCGCCUUCGAAGCGCUAGAAGAAAGUAUAGAUCAUGAGAUGCAGGGCUGGCACGAGAAGCUACCCGUACAUCCCUUCAAACCAAUCGCAUCAGAUAUGAACGUUAUCCUAGUGUGCUACGACGCGACGGGUGCGUAUCCUACUCGAAGAGAUUUUCCUUCGCUCAAACAAGCGCGGAAGGCUUUAGAUCGGUUUUUGAAGUAUCAUACCAAUUUAAGAAGACAAGGUCGGGACUCGCCGAACGGUGACGUGUUCUUACUGUAUGAACGAGCGUACGGCUUCGGGGAAGAAGCUUGGAGAUUGAUUGAUAAGAAUGGGGGGCUGGCACCUAGGAUUAGGUUGAAGCUGUGGUGCGAUUUCCGGAAAUUGAAACCGUUGGAGUCGACGUUCCUGUCUCGAUCACUAGCUAAAGUGUGUGGGGCUUUACUUCGGAGUGUUUUAUGGUUGACCAUCCAGAGAAAGCGGGCUUCCGCUCAUACGCCGCCGGACUGGUCUCCCUCGAUCCUAGCUUUGUUGAAUAUCUUACUGGCUGGGGCCUGGCCGUCGCUGCGGUGCGAGGUGAAUAGAGCGGCGGCUAGUGUCACGCCGUUAGUCAACGAGAAGCUCGAGGCCAUGGAGCAAAAACUACUAACGAAGAUCACGGCUCUGUCUAUAGAUGUGGGCGCCGAGGCCCCUACCUUGACUUAUGUUAGAGUAGCCCCAUCACUAGAUGGCUACGCGUUCAUCGACGUCGAUGUUGGUGUGAAGUUUCAAGGGAGAGGGGUAAGGACGCUGUUAGAUGCGGAGGUCGAAGGCGCCGCGGAAAUCACUGGUUCUGUCACGCGAUUUGGCCUGGAGGGUUCAUUACGCCUGAAGCUCGGGCCGUUACGUACCAGUUUCCCCUGUGCGGGACUGUGCCGACUAGGCUUCGCGCGCAAGCCGAAACUCGCCCUGGAGUCGAGUUUUGGAGUCAAGAACCCUCUGAUCCAGCUCCCGUUCGGUUUUUCUCUCAGUGCCGUGGAUAGAUUCGUGGCAAGACUCAUGGAGGACAUCGUCGAGCGGCAGCUCGUCUGGCCCAAAUCUGCGGCUAUACCUAUUUUACAAGCGUUCAUCGGGCCGAGCGGUGCAGUACCAGUGCCACCCAACGACGUUAUAUGUACCCUAGCGUGUGAAGUCAUGUGCUGCAAACAGCUGUGGGCCAACGACCCCUCCGGCAAGUCCGACCCUUAUGUGGUCGUGUCGCUGGGCGGUCAGUCCAAACAAACGGAAACAAUAGAAGAUAGUUUGAAUCCGGACUGGACAGCACACAAGCAGGUCUUCACUUUUGAUGUGCACGAAAGCAGCCAGGAGGUCCACGUGGCGGUCUACGAUAGCGAGGCGGACACGGGCAACGUCUUUUCGGACGCGUUGUUGGGUGUCGCGGCGUUUUCGGCGUCGCAUCUGGCCGACUGCGCGGCGUCCGAAGGCCACGCGCCUUUCGAGGGUAAACCCAUCGAGCUGAAACUGCCUCUGGAUACGUCGGUCUAUGACGGGAAGCUCAAAAGGUACCACCAGGCGCAGUCGCACGAACCGUGUUACGUCGUCGUGAGGGCGGCUCUACACAGAGAUGAAAAAUUGAUGGCGAAGCGUCUUCAGAAACGGUCCGCGGGGCUCUUCUCGUUGAUUAUAGCAUUAACGCUGGCCGUUUUAGUAGGCAAGGGCGUCUCCAGUGUAUUGGUGAUGGACGCGCCGUCCGCUUUAUUGCUUGAGCUCGGCCGCUUCGCUGUCGCGGCGUUUGUCGGCUUCGUCGCGUUCAUGAUUAGUCUGGGGACGCUGGUGUAAUUUACAGAACCGAA